GGUAUUGUUUUUUUUCGCCAAUUGCAGUUUUUUCGCAACAUUUUAAAUUGAAAGCAAGAAUCGAAAAGGCCCUUAACAGUGAUCGUUGCUCCGGAUUGACGGGCGAAAUAAAAACAAUGACCGAAAAGUACGACGGCAAUGGUGACUUUUCCGCUUUCAACGACGACGACAACGAGUUUGGCGGUAAACCACGCAAGCCUUCCGCUUCGAGUGUAGCUCCCGGUGGAGCCCACAACGGCGAUAGCUCCGCCCACGAUCACGGUCACCAUGGCACAGAUUCCGGUGGCAGUGUGCAGAUCAACGAGAAGGCCAACGAGUACAUACGGGACUGCAUGGCCGAGCGGAACCGCAUGGACAGGAAGUUUCCCAUUGCCGAGAAGCUGCUGGAUGGUGAGAUCGAAAAGGUGCAGACCACAGGAAGGAUUCCCAGUCGGGAGCAAAAAUAUGCUGAUAUUUAUAGAGAAAAGCCAUUGAGAAUCUCACAACGUGUCCUGGUGCCCAUAAGGGAACAUCCCAAGUUCAAUUUUGUGGGCAAGCUGCUGGGACCGAAGGGCAAUUCCCUACGUCGCCUGCAGGAGGAGACGCUCUGCAAGAUGACAGUCCUGGGACGCAACUCCAUGCGCGAUCGCGUCAAAGAGGAAGAACUGCGCAGCUCCAAGGAUCCCAAGUACGCGCACCUUAACAGCGACCUGCAUGUGGAGAUAUCCACUAUAGCGCCGCCUGCCGAGGCCUAUGCCAGAAUUGCCUACGCCAUGGCUGAACUAAGGAAAUAUCUGAUCCCAGACAGCAACGACAUCAUCCGGCAGGAGCAGCUGCGUGAGCUCAUGGACAGCACUAGCCUGAAUGACAACGACACCGGCAAGAGUGGCGGCUACAAGAAGAACUCUCACAGCGGUGGCGCCGGAAACAAUGCCAUGGGUGGCUCCAUAAAUCCCAUCGGUGGAGCCAAAAAUGCAGUGCAUCAUAGUUAUAGAGGCUUGCAACAGCAGUCGUCCUUCAGCAAAAAUGUGCUCGCUCCCAAGCAGAAGGUGAUGUCCAUACUGGAGAAAGCCAGGACUGCCAUGGAUGAGACGUACGGUCGCGGCUAUGACGACGGCAUUGGCUAUGAUCCGCAUCAAUCGUACGAUAGCUACUCUUACGGCAGCCACGGCCACGUACCCCACGGACCACCAGCCAACAUUUUGGGCGGCGUGGGCGCCAUUAGCGGUGGCGGUGGACGAGGAGGACAUUACGACAGUUCGGACUACGAGCCGGAUUAUGGAAGGAGAGACUAUUAUCAGCAUUCCCCGGGCUAUUCAGCUGGCGGCGGCGGAGGCCUGGGCACUGGCGGCGGCGGUGGUGGUGGUGGCUCCCAAACAAAUGCCAUCGGCGGCUCUGGUCUCAGUUCGAAUCAUAAUCGCAGCCAUGUUAACAGGUGAAACUGGCUGGGUACAAGCAGCAGUAGCAGUGCCAGCGGAGGUCGUGCCACCACCCACAAUAUGAUCAUGAAACCCCAAACCAAUAGCAGCAACAACAACAGUUUUACGCCCAGCCACCAUGGGUCAAGUGAGUGCCACAUUGGCAAGAGCAUAAAUCCCAACAACUACUAUUUUAACGGCAAUGGCAAGCCACAACAACAACGGUCGCUAGCAAAUCUCCCACCGCAGCUUUCAGCCCGCAACAGCAGCAGCAUAAGCAGCAGUAACAAUAACCCCAACAACAUUAUCAACAAUAAUUGCAACAGCAGCAGCAACUUCCAUAAGGUCACCAACACGGGUGACACGAAGAACUACAAAGACGCCCCAUUCCUAACCGCGUAUCAUCAUCAUUCACUGAGCCCCAUGGAGGGGCCUAAGAGUGCCAACAACAACAGCAUCAACAACAAUCAUCACAACACAACAUUAGGCAGUAAAAACUAUAACAACACAACAACAACAACCACCACAACCGCUACAGUGCCCAAUAUGCUAUUAGUAAGACCUGCUAACAAUCCUUCUUCGCUACACAUUGGCACAUUUCCGUUCUUGCCAGUGCAGUUUUUCUGAGUCCAAGAACCACAACAUCUCAACAUCACUUUGUACACACGAUUCAUAAGAUUAGAGGAGGCGUAGGAGCAAGGAGGAGGAGUAUUUACAAAUGGACAAAAUGAACUUUACGAUAUAUACAUACUAUACAGAACAUAACAGAUAUAUUUAUACAUAUAUUUUUGCGUGCGAUGAGGCUGGAAAAUAGACAAGUCGAAACCUUA